AAUUUUAGGUUUAUUAUCUGAUACAUACUUAGAUUAAAGUUUGUUUUAGUCAUAAUCAACAAAAAUACCAACCUUAUGCUUGAAUUGAAUUUAAAAAGGAAGAAACAAAUUGAUUAACAAGUAAAAAUUUUCUACUAUACCGUUUAAUCAUAAACGACAUAAAAAAUAACCCAAUUACUUUAUUUGUUUUGGGCAAAGUCUACUGUUUUGUAUUGUUGCAAAAAAUCGGAUUUAUUUGUACGUUAAACACGUUAUUAGAAUUUAAACUUUGGUGAUGAGAGCCUAAUAUGGAUAUAAUAAUUCAAGUUAAUAAUCAGUCGAAUGGGAGAGAUAAAUUGGCGAGGCUAGCACAAUAUACAAGUCGGUUGAUAUGGCAUCAAUUAGAAUCAAAUCAUGCAAACAAAUAUUCUGUGGAUCGAAUAAAAAAUUUGGAACUUACACUGAGCACAUUCAGAAAAAUACUGAGGUUGGGACGAUGUGUGGAUAUUUGCUAUUCUGCAUUGAACAGUAUGAACAUAGAUGAUCCAUUCCUAAGGUUGGCGAUAACUACAAGCAAAUUGGCACAUUCGCUGUUCCUUUAUGCAGACCACAUAGUCUGGUUUACAAAAAGUGGAUUUUUGAAGACAGAUUCCGACAAAUGGAAUCGUACAGCAAACAAGUUCUGGCUGUUAUCAAUUAUUGCAAAUCUCGCUAGAGAUUUCUAUGAGAUAUUGCACAUUUUAGAGUUGAACAAAACAACUUUGUUAAAGCCUUCUAGCCUGUUGAAUGGCUCGGUAAAUAAUUUGGAUUUUACUGGCAGUGCCAGGCAUUUGUAUAUGUUUGUAAAUUGUCACAAAGAUAUUUUCAUUGAUACUGUUAAGAAUUCCUGUGAUUUGUUCAUUCCUCUGACUGCUUUAGGGUUUACUAAGCUGAGUCCUAGUGCAGUGGGCACACUUGGGGCUAUUUCUUCUCUAGCAGCACUAAUAACUAUUGUAAAGCCUAUAACUAAGUUGGUGCCUGCUUAGGAAUGGUUAUCUAUUUACUUCAGUCUACAUACAUAGACACUUAUUAAUUGUUACACUACUCAUGACUAUACAGGGUGUUAGGUAAAUGGGUAUAUGAGCCGACACUAGCCCAUGUUAACAUAUGCAUAUAAAUGGUAUGGUGAAGUCAGAAAAUUGAUCUAUCAUCAUUAUAAUUAUCAUCAUUUAAAUUAUUUUAAUUUUCAUACAAAUCUGAUUUUAUAAAUUUUAUUUUGUAUGAAAAUUUAAAAAAUUAAUAUGAUGAUAUUAAAUUUCUGACUUCACCAUACUAUUUAUAUGCAUAUGUUAACAUGGGCUAGUGUCGGCUCAUAUACCCAUUUACCUAACACCCUGUAUACACUAUUUAUUAUAAUCUAAUUGAACAUACUGGCAAAAUGGUGAUGGUUUUUACUAUUAUACUUAGUGAUAAAUCAUUAAAACGAAAUGCAAAUCAACUUUACAUCCUUAGCAGAAGGAUGAUUUUGUUUCAGACAGUUUUACUGCUAUAAAUGCUUCUUUUAUAACUUAUCUGAUAAGUUUUAUUAAGUUUUGAUUAACAGGGUCAUAAAAUAUUUUAGUAGGUAUCUAUAUAGGUAUGUGUUGGUUGGUACCACAGAGCACGUAAUAGUUGGUACACAAUGAUAUUGUUUAAUUUUUAAGAAAAGUAGAUAUACUCUGUUUAUUAUAUUUUUUCUGAUUUUCUGUAACCGAAAUAAAGGUAUAUUUUAUCAA